AAUGGGUAGGGCUUUAGGACCAGGCAGGUAGCGGGUUUUUCCCGUGAAGUUCAGCUGCCCAUAUUAAGGGCAAGUCUUACCUGUAAGGCAGCCUCACUGGUGAUUCAGCGGUGUUUGUAAGGAAGGGAAUUAUCCCAUAUGGCCGUGUGGAUUCACCUGCUUAUCUAAGAACGUUGUAGGGAAUAAUUCAGUUAUUUGGAUUCAUCCCAGAGCUCAAGUUUCCAAACCAGCAGUUGCAACUUCAUGGAGAAGACUUGUUCAAAAAAAGUUUUUUUUUUGUCAUUAAUACUUCUUGGAAUUAUGUGUAUCAUCUAUAGGAUAGUCUAUAAAGUUCCCUUAGGGUGGAAUCUGACUAUAUAUCCACAUUUAUGGGGCAAUAAUUUAUAUAUAACAGCUGAUCUGAGUAAUCAGCGUGUAAAGUACUUGACUGAGCAAAAUAUAACGCCGAUUAAGGACACAAAGCAUUUCCUGGUCUCUGCCUACAAAGAUCACAGGAUUGAUGGAACCAUUCGUAUCAUUAGCAUAUUUAGGAGGGAUGAUGUCAGAAGACUGUAUUGUAUCAUUGGAUGUGUCCAACGUGGAAAUCUGGUUACAGCAGCAGAGGUCGACAUACACCGUGAUCAUUUUGGGUUCCCUUACCAGACCACAGACCUGCUGUGUAAAACUGACCCAAAGUGUGAUGCUACAAAUGUCACCAUCAGUAAUACUCCAUACACCUCAGACAUUCCAGACAUGAUCUUCCUUCCCAUACGAAACAGAGAGAGAAAUGAACACAACUUCAAACACAAUUUCACUGUCUGCAUCUCCAACCUCUUUGGAACAUAUAACAAUGUACUGCAGUUUGUGCAGACCAUAGAAGUGUACAAGCUCCUGGGCAUAGAGAAAGUGGUCAUCUAUAACACCAGCUGUGGCCCAGACCUCGAUAAGGUUCUGCAGUACUACAGGGAGGAGGGUACACUUGAAAUCCACCAAUGGCCAAUAGAUCAGUUCCUCAAUCCCUCCAAGGGCUGGAACUUUGAACAGCAUAAAGGUGACCUCCAUUACUAUGGGCAGUUAACUACUCUGAACGACUGUAUCUACAGAAACAUGUACAGAUCCAAGUAUCUUCUGCUGAACGACAUUGAUGAAAUAAUUGUGCCUUAUCAGCACGCUACACUGGAGCAUCUCCUGGAGGACCUGCAAAGGCAAAACCCCACAGUAGGAGUCUUUCUUAUCGAGAAUCAUAUCUUCCCCAAAACCCUCUUUGAUGAUACGGGCCGGUUCCAUUUAGCACAAUGGGAAAAGGUUCCAGGAAUAAACAUCAUGGAACACAUCUACCGGGAACCUGACAGGAAACAUGUUUACAACCCCACCAAGAUGAUCAUAAACCCCAGGCAAGUGGUGCAGACAUCAGUGCAUUCAGUGCUGAAGAAUUACGGAGACACAUUGAGAGUUCCACCUGGUGUGAGCAGAAUUGUACAUGUCAGAGUUCCUCUACAGGGGACACUCACCAAAGAGCAACUGAUUGUGGACACAAAGCUGUGGGAAUAUCAGAAGGACCUUGUGCCAAAUAUUGACAGUGUGCUGAAUAAGUCAGGGAUCUACGACUGAAGUAUUUUACUUCAGUAUUUAACUUCUAUGAAUAUUUUUUUCCUACUAAUGUUUUAUAUUUGUAUUAAUAUAACUUACCAAAAGUCAAAAAAUGUUGUUUAGAUUUGAUAAAU